UUUCUCAAUACCUUUUCUUCUGUUCCCAGCACCUUCUUUUCUCAGGAAACUAACAAACAUUCCGAUGGAAAAGGUUACUGAAACGCCAUUGAAAAGUCCUGAACAAGCAGCAAACACCACCCUCUUGGAGCACAAAACUCCCCUUCAGAAUCGACAAACUGAUGGGCAAAUUUCACAGGAUUCAGGAAAUGAGUUGAAGAAAACCAAUACCCCGGAUCGGCUUAAAGUGCCCAAGGCAUUUAAGUACCCCGAAAGGUAUAGGAGCCCAACUGAUGCAAUAAUGUCACCAGUUUCAAAAGGAUUGCUUGCCAGAAACAGAAAGGGAGGUGUACUUUUGCCACCUAGCAUAAGUCAGCCCAAGGUAUUAAAUAAUAUGUGUUUUUUAAUUUGUUUUGGGUACUUAUAAUUUACAUGUAUGUGGUUUUUAUAUAUAUUUUUUCAUUUGGUUUGGGAUGGCAGAUUCAAGAAUUGCUUGUUCAAGACGUGGGUUUGUUUCAAAAUUGAAGUGUUUGAAUUGAUGGUGGUGGUGGAUACAGUUAAAUGUUCAGAUGGAUUCUUGAACCUGAUGAAUUUGUCUGCUAUGAAGUUGGUGGUGUUGGGUUUGUAUAAAAAGAAAAAGGGUUUCUGGGUUGUGAAGAGCCUAUUGUUUACAUUUCACUGAAUUGUGUCAUGUGAUUUUUCCUGAAGCACUCCUGUAAUUUGAAUUCAGUACUUCUGUAAUAAAAAGUUUAACAUAAUUGUCAAUUUACAA